CAGCAAGUAACAUAUAUCAAUAUCAGAUCAUUUUUUUUUUUUGAAUCCCGAUGCCAAAGUAUCCAAUUUGGCUUAAAACGAUGGAGAAAAUUGGUAUCGUGUCAGUUCGAGGACCUACGUUUUUGGUCAGAGCUCAAACAAGAACACCGCCUUGCCUUAGCUGCUUCAUUCAUGCCAAAGGCUGAAACCAAUCGAUCCCGUUGUUGGUUUAGGAAGGCACAGUUUGGAGUUAUGAUUCUGUCAGCACUUUUAACGUCGGUGGGAAUCAAUCUCGGGCUCUGUUUUCUGUUUUUCACUUUGUAUUCAAUAUUGAGAAAGCAGCCCGGUAACGUCGCCGUCUACGGUCCACGCCUUAUUCAACAAGGCAAAUCUCAACAGUCGAAUGCUUUCAACCUCGAGAGGCUUUUGCCUACAGCAGGUUGGGUCAAAAGAGCUUUGGAACCUACCAACGAAGAAAUCCUCUCCAAUCUUGGCUUAGAUGCUUUGGUCUUCACUCGUGUCUUUGUCUUCAGUAUACGAGUGUUUAGCUUUGCUUCUGUGGUUGGGAUCUUCAUCCUUCUUCCAGUGAAUUAUAUGGGUACCGAGAUUCAAGAGUUUUUCGACCUGCCAAAGAAGUCUCUAGAUUCCUUCAGCAUUUCCAAUGUUAACGAUGGAUCAAAAAAGCUGUGGAUCCACUUUUGUGCAAUAUACAUCUUCACGGCAGUUGUCUGCUCUCUGCUUUACUAUGAGCACAAAUACAUCUCAUCGAAGCGUAUCGCUCAUCUUUAUUCAUCCAAGCCUCAGCCACAAGAAUUCACGGUUCUGGUCAGUGGCGUCCCUCGUGUGUCUGGAAACAGUAUAAGUGAAACUGUGGAGAGUUUUUUCAGGGAGUAUCAUUCUUCCACGUAUCUUUCUCAUGUAGUGGUUCAUCGGACAGACAAGUUAAAGAUUCUCAUGAAUGAUGCUGAGAAGCUAUACAAUAAACUUACUCGAGUAAAAUCUGGAAGCAUAUCUGGCCAAAAGUCUACGCGGGAUGGGUUUUUAGGAAUUUUUGGGAAAAAAGUUGAUGUGGUUGAUCAUUACGAGAAGAAGCUCGAGAAGUUAGAAGAUGACAUGAGAUUGAAACAGUCUUUAUUAGCAGGAGAGGAAGUCCCAGCCGCUUUCGUUUCCUUUAGGACAAGACAUGGUGCUGCAAUAGCAUCAAACAUUCAGCAAGGAAUAGAUCCAACACAAUGGCUAACUGAGACAGCCCCGGACCCUCAAGAUGUUCACUGGCCAUUUUUCACCGCAUCGUUCGUGAGAAGAUGGAUCUCCAACGUGGUGGUAUUCGUGGCUUUCGUAGCUCUGUUAAUCCUAUACCUCUUGCCUGUUGUAUUGGUUCAAGGUCUCGCCAAUCUUCACCAGUUAGAAACAUGGUUCCCUUUUCUAAAAAGCGUACUGAAUAUGAAAAUUGUGAGUCAAGUGAUUACGGGAUAUCUUCCGAGUCUAAUAUUCCAGCUUUUCCUUUUUAUAGUACCACCCAUUAUGCUUCUACUUUCCUCAAUGCAAGGAUUCAUUUCUCAUAGCCAGAUCGAGAAAUCUGCAUGUAUCAAGCUUCUAAUCUUUACCGUAUGGAACAGUUUCUUUGCAAAUGUACUGUCUGGAUCUGCUUUUUAUCGCGUUAAUGUGUUCCUUGAACCUAAGAAGAUUCCCCGUGUGCUUGCUGCAGCUGUGCCAGCACAGGCAUCCUUCUUUAUAUCUUAUGUUGUGACCUCUGGGUGGACUGGUUUAUCAUCAGAGGUCUUUCGUUUGGUUCCUCUUCUCUGGAGCUUUAUGACGAAACUUUUCUGCAAGGAAGAUGACAAAGAAUUUGAGGUCCCUUCGACUCCCUUCUGCCAAGAAAUCCCAAAGAUUCUCUUUUUUGGACUUCUCGGUACAACUUACUUCUUCCUUUCGCCGUUGAUACUGCCGUUUCUGUUGGUCUACUUUUGUCUUGGAUACGUCAUCUACCGCAACCAGCUCCUAAACGUAUAUGCGGCUAAGUAUGAAACUGGUGGAAAGUUUUGGCCAAUAGUACACAGCUCCACUAUCUUCUCUCUGGUACUGAUGCACAUUAUCGCAAUCGGAUUAUUCGGGCUUAAAGAGCUUCCGUUGGCAUCUUCUUUAACAAUUCCCCUCCCGAUUCUCACCGUCCUUUUCAGCAUUUACUGCCAGAGACGUUUCUUACCGAAUUUCAAAUCGUAUCCUACCGAGACGAGGGAGACCAAAACAUGUCUGAAUUCUAUUCGAAACUCGUCGUUGCAUAUCGUGAUCCUGCGCUUUCGGCAUCGCAGUACUCACGGGACAUCUCACCUGAAGAUCUUCCGCUUCUUCAUUCAAAUCGACCCUGAGAACCCUUUUGGCUUUGAGCUUUUCAAGCUACAAGCAACGAGAAGAGCGAGAGGGGAGAGAAUUAGGGGAGAAUCUCUCAAAUUCUGGAAAAUGGAUGGAGCAGGUGGUAGAGGUGGGGUGGAAUCGAUUCUACCAAAUUACAAGCUCGGGAGAACUCUCGGUAUCGGUUCCUUUGGUAGGGUGAAGAUAGCUGAGCACGCUUUGACAGGGCAUAAAGUUGCAAUCAAGAUCCUCAAUCGUCGCAAAAUCAAGAACAUGGAGAUGGAGGAAAAAGUGAGGAGAGAGAUCAAAAUCUUGAGACUGUUUAUGCAUCCUCACAUCAUCCGUCUCUAUGAGGUCAUAGAGACUCCGACAGAUAUUUAUCUCGUCAUGGAGUAUGUGAACUCUGGUGAGCUAUUUGACUAUAUUGUAGAGAAGGGUAGAUUGCAGGAGGACGAGGCGAGGAACUUUUUUCAGCAGAUAAUAUCAGGAGUGGAGUAUUGCCAUCGGAAUAUGGUAGUUCACAGAGACCUUAAGCCUGAAAACUUGCUUUUGGACUCUAAAUGCAAUGUAAAGAUUGCUGAUUUUGGCCUGAGCAACAUCAUGCGAGAUGGUCAUUUUUUGAAGACAAGCUGUGGAAGUCCAAAUUACGCUGCACCAGAGGUCAUUUCGGGCAAAUUAUAUGCUGGCCCUGAAGUAGACGUCUGGAGCUGUGGUGUGAUACUCUACGCUCUUCUUUGUGGGACUCUUCCGUUCGAUGAUGAGAACAUUCCCAACCUUUUUAAGAAGAUAAAGGGAGGGAUAUAUACUCUACCUAGCCAUUUAUCUGCGGGUGCUAGAGAUUUGAUCCCCCGGAUGCUUGUGGUCGACCCAAUGAAACGAGUGACCAUCCCUGAGAUCCGGCAACACCCUUGGUUCCAAGCUCAUCUUCCAAGGUAUUUAGCUGUGCCUCCUCCAGAUACGGUGCAGCAGGCGAAAAAGAUUGACGAGGAGAUUCUCCAAGAGGUUAUCAAUAUGGGGUUUGAAAGGAACCAUCUCAUUGAAUCUCUCCGCAACCGGACCCAGAAUGAUGGCACUGUGACAUACUAUCUGAUACUGGACAACCGGUUCCGUGUCUCUAGUGGAUAUCUCGGGGCCGAGUUUCAAGAGACCAUGGAAGGUACGCCGCGAAUGCAUCCAGCAGAAACCGUAGCCUCACCCGUUAGCAAUAGUAGGCUUCCAGGACUGAUGGAGUAUCAAGGAGUUGGGUUGAGAUCUCAGUACCCUGCUGAGAGAAAAUGGGCUCUAGGACUUCAGUCUCGGGCUCAUCCGCGGGAGAUAAUGACAGAGGUGCUGAAAGCCCUGCAAGAUCUGAAUGUGUGUUGGAAGAAGAUAGGGCACUACAACAUGAAGUGCAGAUGGGUUCCUAACUACGCAGAUGGAAUGGUCAGUAACUCGAUGCACGACAACAACAGCUACUUUGGAGAUGAUUCCAGCAUAGUAGAGAACGACGCAGCUGUUAAGUCGCCUAAUGUUGUCAAGUUUGAAAUUCAGUUGUAUAAAACCCGGGACGACAAGUAUCUGCUGGAUCUGCAGAGGGUACAAGGUCCCCAGUUCCUGUUCUUGGAUCUCUGUGCUGCUUUUCUUGCUCAGCUCCGUGUCCUCUAAAUCAUCAAUCCGUCAAGAAUAAUAAUCCCCACUUCUUCCCUUUUUCUUCUUCGUCCAAGAAAUAUUCAGUAACCAACUUCUUUUAAUUUUUCUGUCUUCAGUUUUCUAUUUUCGUGCUCUCCUAAAAUACCUUCUUUUAACUUGAAUGUAAGACCGAGCGACUUUAGUAAAAAAGCAAGAAGCAACUUUGUACAUAACUUGUAGUUCAUUGUGCCCCCAAUAUUGAUUUUUGUUUGUUUUGUAACUACAUCAAUAGGGACAGAUAUGAAGAUUAGUCCCUCUGUAAACCAUACAGUUAUAUGUUCUUCAAAUAUUUUCUUCUUC